AUGAGGAUGCAGACAGAUCUUGGUCAGCUGUGCCCAGAUGGAUCCCCAUCAGGGCGCACAGGAGCCCCGGUCAGCCCGGCCCGACGGGUCCCUGUCACGCCGUCCGGCCUCUGCCGCCCCCUCGCAGAUCCCCCGGUUCCGGGGGCGGGGCCUCAGGGGCGGGGCCCGGCGCGGGGAGAUGACGUCAGAGGCCGCGCGCCGGCCGCGCUCUCGGCACACGCGCUCCACGUGGGCCCUCUCAGCCCUCGCGCGGCUCCCCAUUGGCCGCCGGGCGGAUCGGCAGCGCCGGGGCCAACCAGACGCCUCCGUUCUCUCCCCGCAGCCAAUGGCAGGGACGGGGCGGGCGGCGGCGCCAAGCGUGGGGCUCACUUAAAUGUCCGGAGGAGGCGGGACCGAGAGUUCCGUUUUAGAAUGCCAAAAAUGAAUCUGGAAAAGAAGGUGGAAAAGAAGGUGGAAAAGAAAGAAAAGAAGGUGGAAAAGAAAGAAAAGAAGGUGGAAAAGGAAGAAAAGAAGGCGGAAAAAAGAAAAAAGGCAAAGCAACAUGUGGUCCAGAAGGCAGAGCUGGAAUCGGAAACUGAACCAAAGAAAAAGAAACAAAAUCUGCAGGCAGCGAAAGAAGAGGAAGAACUUAGUGCAGAGGAAAGGAGGAAACUGGAAAGAAAAUUAAAAAAAGAGCGCAAGAAGAAGGAGAAACAGCUGAUGAGAGAAGCUGGAAUCUCUAUUAAAAAGGUGGAGCCCAAAAAGCAGUCGGGAUCUGAGCUGGCUCUGGCCUAUUUAACCAGCUGGUCUGAAAACCCAGAAGAAUGGAAGUUUCAAAAGACGAGACAAACCUGGCUUCUCUUGCACAUGUAUGAUAAAGAGAAGGUUCCAGAUAAGUAUUUCACCAUUUUACUGGAUUAUCUGCAAGGGCUCCAAGGCAAUGCACGAGACAUAACUGUGCAGAAAGCUGAAGCUUUUAUGAAGGAAUUUGAUGGUUCCGAUGCAGAAGAUCCAAACCUGUUGGAGAAGUGCGAGCGGAUACGACAAGUUCUGCAGCUGCUGUCCUGAGAGUGGUUUUGUGUCUUAAUGGUUUUCUGGUGGAGAGAAUAGGAUGUCAUAUACAGAGAUUAUAAAUUAGUUGUAAAGACAUGUUUUCUAGUAAGAAUCCUAAUAAUAAAUUUUCAGAUUUUAUACUCUUUUUUUUCCAAUUGCAAAUAUUUAUCAUGUGUUGAGGUGAUGAAAUAAAGAUAACGUAUUUGGUCCGUGGACGUGCUCUUAGAAGUAAUCUUACUGCAUAUCUUUAGAAAAAUGAACCUUACGUUCUCGUUAAUUUUUCUCCACCUCCCCCUGUAAUUACUGUUAAAUAAGAGUUGCUUUGCAGUUCUUAAUAAGAAGAGCAGAGGAGCCAACAAAAAGCCUGGAGGGUCUUUUGCAGUGGCAGCUUUUAAAAUGAGCCUACAGUACAGUGCUUGCUCAGCCAGCUGUAAUCUAUCACUUUCAGCUUUGGAAGUAUGUCAUUUGGAUUUGGGAAAAAUCAUUUUCAGUCUGUUGAACACGGGUUGUAUAACAGAGUUGCUUAUUAGUGCUUCACACAGUGAUCUGGAGAUACGAUCGGCUUUGUUAGUUUUCCUUUUAUAUUGUAAAGUUUUCAAAUGCUUUAUGGCAAUUGUUUAGAUAUUGAGAUAAUCCACACGCAGAUGGGAACAGAUCAAAUCCUUUGACCAUAUGUAGUGAAAUCAUCUGACUGUACCUAAACUUAUCCUACAAUGAGAAGUGCUGUGCUGCAACAUUUUGAAUCCAGCUUGCCAAUAUUGCAUUGUCAUCUUUCUCUUGUAAUUGGUGUCCAAAAGAGCUAAUGUGUGUUCAUUUGCUUUGACAUGGGACACUUGUCUCCUGUGAACAUGCUGAAAAUGAGGCUUUCAAGCAAAAACCAAGGACAGUUAUUACUCAGGAGCUGGAUGAUUGGCUUAUUUAAGAACACUUGUGUUCAGACAGCAUUCUUCACCUGAUUCUUUAAUGUUUCUGUAAACAUUGUUCAUACUUUAUUAAUGACAACUAUAUGAAAUGUGUAGUGUUUUAGAAGAUUGGCUAUCUUUGGGAAUCUUUGGUUUAAUUUGGGUGGGUGAAGGAGGGGAGGAUCUGUGGAUAUGCAGACCUAAUUUUUCAAUAAGAAGCAUUUGAAUGGGUUUGACAGCCUUCACAGUCAUGGAUUACUACAAAUCUUCAAAAAUAUGAAAUGUAUUACUAGUAACAAAUAACUUAUGCUUUCUGACUUCUUGAAGAUCAUGUUUUCAGCCAAAAGCCACUAGAGACCUGCAUGCCCUGCUCUAACACAAUUGCCGUGAUGGAGUUUAACACAACUGCGAGCAGAAUACAGCAGCAGCUUCUCCACUGAGCUGCUCCUGUGCCAUGGGGUGUCAGUUGGGUGGGGGCUGCAGAGGAUGCAGGCAGUGUCGAAGCCUUUCUGAGGCCCAAGGCUAAAUAAAACUGAGCUUCCAGGGCAAAGGUUGGUGAAAAGGAUUUGUAACAAAAAGAAGAGAUACUGAAGUGAACUAGCGAAAGGCUUUAGAUCUUAUAUUCAUGUCUGAGAAUAUGGAACUGAGAAAAACUACUCUAAGCAGAAGCUGAUACUUUUUUCUUUCCAUCAGGAAAAAAAAAAAAGAAUCAGUGAUGAAGUUUUCAAUGUCUUUUUGUGACUUUAUGAUUGUAUUUUAGGUGUUGGAGAAGGCUUUGUGUUCUCCCUUAGACCUGUGAAAAUUGCCACUUUUGAUUUCUCUUUCAGACAAAAAUGACACUGUGCACUUAAAAUACCUUGUAGCUGAAAAGCACAUUGCAGCUUUAUUUUGGAAGAGACUUGUAAAAAGAGUUGUAAAGUUGAGGUCUGGGCAAAAAGAUGUGAACCGUGGAUGAUUUUGACAGAUUUGGCAAGGUUUGCUUUUCCUGGUACCUUGGUUCUGGCCAUAUGUAAACGUUGACACAUCUGGGAGAAGAGAGGCUUUGUAGAUCAGGAAUGUCAUAUUUCUUUUUAUAUCAAUUAAUAUUAAAAGCAUGAGGCCUGCCAAUCUGGAGUCCAUGUGAACAACAACAUUUGGAAAAGAACUGCUGGGGCCUCUCACCAGCGCAGUAAUCGCUGUCUCUGAGUGAGGUCCUGCUCUGCUCGCUUCUUCCUCACUUGCAGUUCCAACUUUCCCCUUAGUGCUACCAGUUACUGGGUGAAGGACGUGGUCUCUGGCCUCCUCUUCUUGCAUUUAUAGAAAAUUCAGAAGCUAAGAACUAAGGUGAUUGUUUCUGUCAUUGUUUUUGGUGGAGAAAAUGAAGUAGGAUGUUUUCUGCCACGUGUCUCUUGGUUAGUGCUGUGUGAUGGUCGGUGGUGUCUGGAAGUUGGGUAAAAGGCUUCUAAGACUUCUGCUUUGUGUUGUUACUGUAUACUUCUUGAGUUUCAAAACUUAGUAUGAAAAAUUUUAAGUGUUGCCUUAUACUUGAUGUUGUAGCGCAAAUAGGAAAGCGUACUUAAUCGCAUUUAACUUUUUUACUUUGCCCCUUAAAGAAUCUGCAGCUGGUUGGCAAACAAGUUGUCUUCAAAACACCCAGGAAAUACAAACCCAAACAGUUUUAGAGAUAAGGCUUACCUUUUUUGCUAGGUUUAUCGUAAAAACAAGAUUGUGAGGACCCAGACAGCUCACCCAACACAGCGUGCCAAUGCAAUAACAUCUCUGGCAAUCAAAUUCUGUCUUUUCCAUAUGUUAGCCACCAAGCCAGCUUCUGCUUCCUGCUCAGCUUGGCGUUUUAAUCUAGGGAUUUACAUUGUGUGAUUAAUAAGUAUAGCAAUAUUUCCUCCAUCAUGUAUUUUAAAUGAUGUAGUUUGAAUUAUUAAGUGUAUAAUCAGUUAUUGAUUUCCUGUAGCUGGUCAGAGCUGUACAGGGAGAUAUAAUCUGGCACUUCGUUCACUUUGUUUUAUCAUUUGGUCACGCAGAAUUUUCAUAUCUCAACGUUGCUUGUAGCUUAGGCAGUCAUAUGGAAACAAAUAGGACAAAAUCAUGUCUCUGCCUCUAUUUAAAUCAGUCUGCUGCGUUAAUAAAAAUUUCAUCCAAGGCUGGAAGUAACAGUGUGUACGGACUGACAAAUUACAUCUUCAUCUGCCCACCCUAAUUGUCUUCUAGUUGAGUUAAUCUGUAUUGUGUAGCUCUGGCUAGAAGAAUUUGUGUCCUAAGAGAGUGCUGAAGUCAGGUCUUCUAGGCAAAAUAAAGGAAUGUUAAUUACUUAGAAUUGCUUAAAGCUGGAACUGUGCCUCUAAUGGAAGUACUAAUUACUUAAAAUUUGACAAUGUAAAAAGUUCCCUUUAAUUUGGCUGAUCCUUGCUGUAGAUUGUAUAUCUUCUUGGUUCUCUGCUGUCUGCCCACAAUUUUAAUUUGUUAUCACCACUGUAAAAUUACUGGGUAAAUGAAUUUUCUGUUCUUAUUUGGAAAGUGUAUAGCGUAGUUUUUGAAUGUGUCAUUUAUUUCUUUAUUUCUUCUCACUGGAGAGUGAGAUUUCUUCUCCAGAAAUAAGAAAUAAGGAAAUAAAUUUCUGCUCACUCUCCUGUGUUUCUGUUGAUUUUAAAGCAAGAUGACUCGUGACUUGUCUCCCAUCAUUUCAAACAGCUUAGAAAUGCAUCUCUUUGGUUUGAACUUAGAGGUUUCUUUGUUUGGUUGGGUUUUUUUUUUAACUUUUGCUAAGUAGGCAAAGUAAUGAACAUUUGGAUCUACUCACAUUUCUGCAAAUCAAUGUCAGAAAAACAAUCAUAAAUGAGAUUUAAGUUGCAAAGCCAAGCGCUUAUAAAAUUAGGAAACACAAGGGUGGAAAUUGUCUGUGUAGUUUUAACUUUACUCCUUCACAUAUAUGAAGUGUGAUGCAACCUCUAAUUAUGUCAUCACUUCUGUAUUUUCCAUCGUACGUGAUAAGUCACUUUUUCAAUGUCUUCAUUGCAGUUCUGUUACUGUUCAAAAUUUUCAAAAUUUAGGUCUACAAGGUAGCUCUGAAGCUGGAGAAAUGACAUACCUGUGUGGCUUUGGUCCUGCACAGAAGGAGUGAGUAGGAACUUUCCUGUUCAUUUGGUGCAGGGACUAGUCAUAGAUGUUUCAUCGCAAAUGUUCCCUUGAAAACAUGUUUUAAUGUUCUGAUUCAUUUGCAGUCAAAAUACUGAAUUGAUGUUACUUAAUUUAAAUCCACUUUUGUUGACAUAAAACUUUCCAGUGGCUUAUUCUGGUUUAGCCUUUGGUUUCCUUUUAUGUCUUCCUUUCUGUACAGCUGAAUGAGCUAGUUAUUUCUGUCCCUGCAAAUAGGAAUAUUAGUUGGUUACAGUGAAUCCAGUCACACAAGGACACAAUUAAAUGUCCUUGCCUAUGCAGGACAAGCUCAUUUUAGUAGGGAUUUAUAAUUACAUUCUAUUUAAAAUUCUUUGUAAGAAUAUACAUAGUCAACAACUUAAUAUGGUGAAAAAAAAUUAUAUCUUUUUUAAAUGGGCUUUUUACUCCCUACAAGGAGCAGGGAAUACUAAACUAAGUAAAAUUAAUGAGUAAAUGGUGGGGGAAGGGUAAAGCAAAAGAGUGGUUUAUCUUUCUUUGUCAAAACAAAGCUGAAUAAGAAGCUUGUGCUAUUGAGAAAGAGGGCCCUUUGGUUACAAACAGAACACUCAUACAGUUGCUCUUAUUGAUUUUUUUUUUCCCCCCACUCUACAUGCAGAAAAUUUCUGGCAUUCCCCAACAAAACCCACGAAAACACCUACGUAGAAAAAGUGAAAUAAGUUUCAAAAUACUUAAAGGUCCAGAAAUGCCACUUGUGUAUAAAUGACCAGAAGAAUUCAAAUUCUGCCUCUCUGUGCCUCCAGCCUGGAGACUGAAUGAAGGCAGGUUGUGUUAGAAACAAACAAGCAAAAAAACCCCAAAUUAUCUGAGCACAUAGUUAAGAGAUUGUUACCAGUUACCCUUCUGGGCACAGGAAGGUGGAAUUACAUUUCCUAUUAGAUUUAAUUAUUCGGAUUUUUUUACAGGAGAUCUACUGCUAAUUGAAAUAUCACGUAGCCUUUUGCUGUGACAACUUACAUCUGUUCUCCUCAGACCCACAUGUGUUUUAUGGAUUUGUAAGCCGUGGGACACAGGAUCAGUCAUGCUCAUUUGCUUAUAAAUAUCUAGACCUUGCCGUGGCGCUGUGGAAAAUAACAAUUUGCUGGUUUUGAGCUGCUUUGGACUCUGAGGAGGCUGUGGACACUGCCUGUUGCUGUGUACUGAUCUAGAGGGACAACAGGCUUUGGCAGCAUCCUUUGUAUCAGCCAGGCUUUCUUAAGCUCCGUGAAAUUGCCCGAAUCCGGUAGAGUGAUGCUGCUCAUGGAAUUUACCAAGUGAGCAGCGGUGCUUUUCUGUGGAGCGCUUUGAGACGCGAAGCCGCAGGAUCUCAGCUGCUCAGGAUGCUCCGCUUUCCUCAGCCUUGCUGCCCUGUUUCAGUCUUGAACUGCUGAGAGUUGCGACCAUUUUAUUUGUCUACUUUCCGUGGGCCAAAUUUGACUAAACAAACUGUUUGAAAGCUAUUUUGGUAUAUUGAAAGCUUAAGCUACAGCGAUAGUGUUUCUCUGGUAGCAUAGAUACAUGUAAAUAGACUUGAUGGAUUUCCCUAAGAUAGUACCUUUUAUUGGAAGCAGGAGCUUUUGCAGGAUCCUGGAAAUGACUGACCAGCACCCUGAUUUACCUUGUUAGAUAGGAGAGGUAUUUCUGUGAGCUGUCAGAAAUACAUGCUAGCAGAUAGACAUGGCGACAGACGGCCAAGAAAUCACGUAUGGGCAUCAAAUAUGCAAGAGGGCAAGGAUGACAGUCAGGAAUGCAUCCUCCUGAGGUUGCCUGGUUAAGGCAAAACGCCACCUGGCACAAAUCCUGGCUGCAUAAGGUUAAAAAUAACCAAUAGUAUCCCUGUUGCAUAAGGAAAUCUUGUCCUUGUUUAAUGAGGCACUAUGAUUUUCCAACCUUGUGAUUCUGUGAUUCUGUGGACAUGGUUUAGGGAGUGUUAGGAAUGGUUGGACUCGAUGAUCCAAUGGGUCCUUUCCAACCUUGUGAUUCUGUGAUUCUGAUAAGCCAGAAAGCAUAAAUAUGGAGCUUCUCUGAAUUCUUGCUCGUGCUUACAGCUGAAAAUACCAGGGCGGGUUGUAAGCAGCGCCCCGUGUAGGAGCUACUGGUGUUAAACAGAUGAAGUCUGGGUGAAAGUCUGGUGUCUAAGCAUGCUCUUGGCAGCGUCAGACCUGCUCGCUGCACUGGUGACAUCUCAGCCCCGGGAAGGACUUCUACUCCCUUCUUGUGAUUAUGGUGUUACUUGAACACAAAUACAGAGGAUCUGUGUAUUCAGAGCAGCCCAUGAACCCUCGGGAUUGCUGCAAUCCAGGAGCCGCGUUCUGCUGCUUCGUGCAAUGAAACGGAGAAUGGAAAAGCCGUUGAAGUUAUUGUGGAAGAAAUUGAAACUCACCCCAGAAGUACAAACUGUUUUCAGCCCACCUUGCCUGCCUGCAGGUCAUUUCCAGUCCCAGGGAGGAAACACCUGCUUCGAUUUCAAUUAAAGAAUUCAUCAGAGAUAAUAGUAAUGUUCAAGUUUUCCUUUGAAUCCUCUUGCCUUAUCCUGCUCUAAGAAGUUACGGUCUCCUCAUAAUUUGUAUAGGGCGCUCACUCCAAUCAGAACUCAGUCUUUAGUCAGAUAUUUUUAGUGUCAAACAGAAGAAAAACCUCUAGAUAUUUUUAUUUGCAAUAUUUUUAAUGUGCUGGUUUAUGUCAAAGAUGGAAAAUCUGCAAUGGGCAGACAGUUGCAUUACGAAUAUUGCGCCAGCAUCCUCUUUUCCUUCCUGUACAAGCUCCUGAGCAGAUUAUAACUCACUU